AUCCUACCUAAUAUAAGUGCUGCCCUGAUCAUUCCCUCACUUAGGUUGCAGCAAUGAAGUUACUUUCUGAAAUGUUCAAAGUACGUUCAAUGGCGAUGUUAAUUCCAGUAUUUUAUCUUUCUACGUUAUUCGUUGGUUUUGCUUCCUGUGCUAUUAUGGUUUGCCCUCCUAAGGAAGAUUUGGAACCUUGCUAUUGCAGACAAUUAGCUUAUGGUCUCUUUGUCGGAUGUGCCAAUUUCAAUUCCAGUUCCAGUCUCUUAAAAGCUUUUAAAAUCAUGCGCGAAUACUACAUGACUACAGUCCUUUUUCAUCAUUUAUACAUCACUGACGUAUUGCCGAAUGAUUUGUUUCAUGGCACUUAUAUCAGCGGAGUAACAGUUAAUAAUUCCACACUAAAAUUCUCACAGCCGGCUUUUACAGGUUUGGAUGAUACUUUGCAGUACUUGUCCGUUUUAAAACAUUCUGUGAUCAAAAGUAAAGAUGAUUUCAUUUUGGCACGCCUUAGUAAACUUGAAGAGUUUAGAAUGGCGUUCAAUCACCUGCCGAAGGUCCAAGAUACAUGGUUGAAUGGAAAAGUACCUAAUGUUCGUACUCUCGUCUUAGAUAACAAUGGUAUAACCGAACUCGAAAUAGCUGCAUUCUCCACACUGUCACAGUUGAAGAGUAUAUCCAUAGCUAACAAUCAAAUCAGGAGCGUUAGCAGAUCAAUGUUUUCGAACCCAGCUCAGCAUCUGGAGAACAUCGAUCUAACUAACAAUGAGAUUGAGACAUUGCCAUUUGACUUCUUCUUUUAUAUGCCUUCCUUGAAACAUGUCUUUUUGGCUGAAAACAACUUAAAAACCUUACCAAAAAUGACAUGGUUACCAGUGUGGGAGAAUCUUUCUGAUGUUAUUCUGACAGGAAACAAAAUAGUGUGUGAUAGGAAAUUGGAAUGGCUGAAGAAGAUUCGUCGAGUCAAUAACUUCAAAGGUGACUGCGUUGCUCCUAAAGAAGUAGCCGGAAAACCAAUUUGGGAGGUAUAUUAUGGAUGGGACAGUAACAUAAUGUAGUGCUUCCAUCAUCCAAUUACUUUAUUUUUCGAUCGCAAUGAGAGUAAAUAUUUGUUGAUUACUUUCUUCGAAGUAUUAUUUAUAAUAAAUUCCUUGAUUAUUAUCAAAUAUUUUGCUAUUAAUUGCAUUUUCUUUCAAAUCGUUGUAAUUUACACGUGAUGCGAUAUUACAGCCAUCAUAUUUAUUAAAUAUAUUUGAUAUAAAAAUGAUUAUACGUUUAAGACUUUGUAACAUGUAAAUAGAUAACACUGAUUGGUUUUUUUUAUAUUGGAGUAUAUGGUAUUUUGUAUAGAGGCUAGGAAAAUUAUUUAUAAAUUGUAAUCUUGUAUACAUUUUUUAAAUAAAGUAUCUUUA